AUGGCCACUCCUCCCAGCAGCCUGUCGAGCUCCUCCAGCCGGCUGCCGGUGUCGAGGGACGAUAUCGGUCCUUCUGCUGUCACGAGCCGUGUUUCGUGCCAGUUCCAGGAUGUCAGUGACAGCAGGACCGGGGACUCACAAGACCAGGUCUCUGUGGUGGUGUUGGAUCAGCCCCAGGUCUCUGUUCUGACAGCAGUGGAGUCCAACCUGCAGAAGAACAGCCUGAAAGCUGCCGGACCGCCGCCCGAACUGGACCGAGCAGCCGUCUCCUGCCCCUGUCGGAUCUCAGGCAAGUUGAGUAACUGUUCCCACCCUCUGGUACCGGAACAUGGAGGGUUCCGCUGCGACCCGUCUCCCUGUCGCGGUUUUCCUCACAAGAGCUCGAUCCGUUUCUUCUGCGAGCCCGGGUACCACAUCAGCAACAAGGUGACGCCCGUCUCCAAGUGCCGCCAUGGCAGGUGGAUCCCGCCCAUCCCGCUGUGCAUCAAAGACGGUCCCAACAUGAAGUCCAGCAGCAGCGACGACCCGGUGCCCAACAUGGCCACCACGGCGGUGGGCGUGUCCAUCUUUCUGCUCACCACCACCGCCUGCCUGGUCAUCAAGUCCCGCCUCUACCCCUGUCAAUCACACGGCCGUCGCUCCUCGGACCAGUUGGACCUGAUGGACGGACUUCCUGUGUCCCUUCCGUCCUAUGAGGAGGCGGUGUACGGCAGCUGGGGACAGAGGAUCCCCCCCUGCUCCUCCCCCGGACCCACGCAGCUCCUCCUGGCGCAGGAGGCCCCGAUCGACCAGCCGGACGGCAGCCUGCGGCCCCUCCUGUCCGGUUCUGGUCAGAGCCCCGAGAACCCCCCUCCCCCGUACGAAGAGGUGCAGUCGUCCCGCCUUAGAGACAGGCUGAGCGACGGGACACGUCUCCAUGUCUCCGUCUCAGACGAUAAGGACACUUGA